AUGGGUCAAUUCUACGAAACCUUCCCCCCCUCCCUGGUGCAAUGGCUCCUCGAGCAAAAAGUCUUCUACAUCGCCUCGGCGCCCCUGUCGGGGGACGGCCACGUCAACGUCUCCCCCAAGGGCGUGUCCGACAAAGGCGGGCCCUUCUUUGGCGUGAUCAAGGAGUCGAAAUCACAACGACAACUACAGCGACACGUUCGCAGCCCUGACGAGGAAGACCGCCGCCGCACCGCCCCCACUAACGACAAGGACAUCCUGAUCCGCCAGUUCUGGUACAUGGACCUCACGGGCAGUGGGAUCGAGACGACGAGCCACUUGCACGAGCCGGGCAACGGGCGCAUCACGGUCAUGUUCAAUGCGUUUUCGGGCCCGCCUCGCAUUUUGAGAAUCUUCGGGAAAGGAACACCGCUCGAAUACGGCACCCCCGCGUUCGACGAGAUCGUCAAGUCGCAGGGCGUGACGAUCAUCCCGGGCACCCGGUCCAUCGUCCUGGUGGACAUCCACCAGGUGGGCACGUCCUGCGGGUUCAGCAUGCCGUGUUACGAGUUUGUCAGCUUCCGACCGACGUUGAAUGAUUUCUUUGAGAAACGCGUCAAGAGCGAGAGGGAGGGAAAGCGCGAGGAUGGGAUUGAGAGGUGA